UCCAACAGAAAAAUAGAAGCAAUGUAAUCAAAAAAAGGCAUCCGCUUAUCCCGUUUGUCAUUCCCUCCCCUCUCCUUCCUUGCUCCCUUUUUAACUCAACCAGCCACCUGCCUACUCACUACUCACUACUCACUACUCGGUGCCGCUGCAAUUCUCUCCUCUUUGAAAGGCAUUUAAAAAAAAAAAAAAAAACUCAAAUCUCUCUCCUUUAUUAGUUGAACUACUUGAGCCGACAAUUACAUAUAGACAAACCCACACUUUCAUGCCUUUCUUUAGCCCCUUCGAUUCUUCAUUUUAUCUCGAAUCCAACACAUCCUGAUAUUUCUUUAAUGGAUUUUUCAUAAAGAUCGCCAUUGAACCUCUCCUCUCUGGUUCCUUUCUCUUUGUUUCAUCCCUGGAUCUGUCAUUAUAAUCUCAUUCUCUGCUCUCAUUUUUGUACUUUUCCUUUUGUAACCGUCUAUCUCUCUCCAUUUCCUCUCUGUCACUAUACAUAUUCUUAUACAAAUUAAUUAAUAUUACAACUUUACCAAAAUGUCCCCGUCCUCGCUGCUCCCACUUUCUCUUUGCUUUUCCAUAUUGAUGAUUUACUCGACGGUUGCCCACGGAGUGGAGACUUGCUCCGGGAUAGUACCCAUGAGGUAUAGGAAUGAUAAGAUUUCGAUAGCCGACUUCGGCGGCGUCGGUGAUGGAAAAACGGUGAACACGAAGGCGUUUAGAGCAGCGAUUUAUAGGAUUCAGCAUUUAAAAAGGAGAGGUGGCACGCUGCUUUAUAUACCUCCUGGUGUUUUUUUAACUGGAAGCUUUAAUUUGACUAGUCACAUGACUCUUUACUUGGCUAGAGGUGCUAUUAUUAAGGCUACUCAGGAUACUUGGAAUUGGCCUUUAAUUGCUCCUUUGCCAUCUUAUGGAAGAGGAAGGGAGCGUCUUGGUGGGAGGUAUAUGAGCUUUAUUCAUGGAGAUGGGCUUCAUGAUGUGGUAAUCACAGGUGAGAAUGGGACAAUUGAUGGGCAAGGAGAUAUCUGGUGGAACAUGUGGAGGCAGAGAACUCUCCAAUUUACAAGGCCUAAUCUUGUUGAGUUCCUAAAUUCAAGAGGCAUAAUCAUAUCCAAUGUGAUUUUCCAGAACUCUCCCUUUUGGAACAUUCAUCCUGUUUAUUGCAGCAAUGUUGUUAUCCGGUUUGUUACCAUAUUGGCUCCACAUGAUUCUCCAAAUACUGAUGGAAUUGAUCCAGAUUCGAGCUCGAACGUGUGCAUAGAGGAUUCAUACAUUUCUACUGGAGAUGAUCUUGUCGCUGUGAAAAGUGGGUGGGACGAAUAUGGGAUUGCUUAUGGUCGGCCAAGCUCUCACAUCACAAUCCGACGGAUAACAGGAUCAUCUCCAUUUGCUGGAAUUGCAGUUGGAAGUGAAACCUCUGGUGGGGUAGAGCAUGUCUUGGCAGAGAACAUUAACCUCUAUGAUAUGGGAGUGGGCUUACAUGUGAAAACAAACAUCGGUAGGGGAGGGUUCAUAAGAAACAUCACCUUUUCUGAUGUCUAUAUGAAAAAUGCGCGAAAAGGGAUAAAGAUAGCAGGUGAUGUUGGGGAUCACCCAGAUGACAACUACAACCCAAAUGCUCUCCCAGUUGUUAAAGGCAUCAUAUUUAGAGGUGUUUGGGGUGAGAAUGUUCUGCAGCCGGGUGCCAUACAGGGUCUGAAGAGCUCUCCUUUUACUGGUAUUUGUCUGUCCAAUAUCAACCUUCAUGGUGUGCCAGGACCAAGAUCGACUCCAUGGAAGUGCUCUGACGUAAGUGGGGCUGCUCUUGAGGUAAGCCCAUUUCCAUGUUCUGAAUUAGCCACAACACAUCAGACUGGUUCAUGUUCUGAUCAUAUUUGAUGAGAUUAUGAAGUUCUUUUACAUCCCUGUUUUACGUAUUCAUUGUUCAAAAUGAGAAAUUAUCAUUUACUUCA